GCGCCUGAACCGUCCCGUCAUACCUCGCGUGGCCAACGGCUCACCGCCGACUGCUCGCUCAUUGAAUUGCCCCACUCUGCCUCUUUAGCUCGAUCUACUCAAGUAAUUCGGAGGAAAAACCUGCCCGUAUUGUCUCAUCUCCGCCCCCGCCAGGCUACCCCGGGCUCCCGUUUAUCUGACUGCGGUGGUGGGGCGUGCUUUCCCGGGGGCUCGCUGGCUGGAUUUCGGUCGUGGAGGCAGGGGUGGAAGUACGGCGCUGGUCCCGAGCGAUGAUGGAGCUGGAGUCGGCCAGUAGUAGGAGCGAGCUGGGAGCCGUGGGGGACUCGCUACAGCCGCAGACCCCGAGCAGGCACGAGAAGAGUCUGGGACUGCUCACCACCAAGUUUGUGACUUUGCUGCAGGAGGCGAAGGACGGAGUGCUGGAUCUGAAAGCUGCUGCAGAUACCUUGGCAGUGCGGCAGAAACGACGGAUCUACGACAUAACUAAUGUUCUGGAGGGAAUCGGACUGAUAGAGAAGAAAUCCAAGAACAGCAUCCAGUGGAAGGGUGUCGGUCCAGGCUGCAACACCAGGGAGAUCGCCGAUAAGCUGAUCGACCUGAAGGCCGAGCUGGACGACUUGGCCGUGCGGGAGCACGAGCUGGACCAGCAGAGAGUGUGGGUCCAGCAGAGCAUCAAGAAUGUUGCAGAUGACUCCAACAACAGCCCUAUGGCAUAUGUGAAGCAUGAAGACCUCUGCGGGGCGUUCAAAGGUGACACACUGCUCGCUAUCCGCGCUCCCAUCGGCACACAGCUGGAGGUUCCCAUUCCGGAAGCUGUCCUCAACGGGCAGCGGAAAUAUCAGAUCCGCCUGAAGAGUACAUCUGGCCCCAUUGAGGUUCUCCUGGUCAAUAAGGACUCCUCCAGCGCCUCUCCUGUUGUGUUGCCCGUCCCGCCUCCGGAUGACGUCCUUCAGAACCUCCCAGUGCCAACACCUACCUCCCAGAUUCCCGCCGCUGCCUCACAGGUCUCCAAAGCAGCAGCUCCAGCUGCUGCCGCACAGCCAGCUCCUGCCAUCCCAUCAGCCCCUACAGGUGAGGAGGGACGAGUCCCGGUGGAACCCGUGGUCCUGACAUUCAAAGAAGUGACGAGCACAGCGCCGCUCACCCCGACGACGGAUACGCCGGCCGCGCCGGCCGCUGUUACUCAGCAGCUGCAGUCCUCGGCGUCUCUGGACGGGUCGGCGGCGUCCUCUGCUUCUGCAGCGUUUGAACCCAUCAAAUCAGAUCCGUCUGACUUGCUGGACUUUACCAAAGAGCUCUCUGAGAUGUUUGAUCCAACGAAAGAGAUCAUGAGUGGAGACCUGCUGGAGGACCUGAUGUCUUCAGAAGUGUUCUCGCCUCUCCUCCGCCUGUCGCCGCCGCCCAGCGACCACGACUACAUUUACAACCUGGAUGAAACAGAAGGCCUGUGUGACCUCUUCGACGUGCCCAUUCUCAACCUCUGACUCAAGACUGCUUCACCACGAGAAACAGUCUUCCAAAACAAAUAGGUUCAUCUAUCUUGAUUCCCUUUCAAGUGUCUCCUCCUCGUCCUCCUCCUCGUCCUCCUCCUCGUCCUCCUCCUCGUCCUCCUCCUCGUCCUCCUCCUCGUCCUCCUCCUCGUCGUCCUCCUCGUCCCGGGAAGCCGUCAUGAUCUGAUGAGUUGCACUGACGCACCGAGUUCAGGCCGAGCUCAGACAGUCGCUGGACGUGCAGCUUCACCAUGAAACGCAGGCCGGAACAAAACUUUUUACUCUCCCAGGAAAAAGAGUUUGAUUUAUAUUUUUGGAUUCUUGUGGACUAUAACGUUUGUUGAUCAGCUUUUUUCCGUGCGUUUGCGACUGAAUGUGUGACAGGGAGUGUGCUACUUUUUUUUUUUUUUUUUUUUUUUUGUAUGGAACGAUCUCUCAUCUUGGGUCCGACGACUCCAGGAAAUGAGAAAUUAAAGCUGUUUUUCUCAUCAGGUCAGGAGUCGCAGCAGACUUGCAGUUUUCCCCGCCACUUCCCCGAGUCCACACGCAGCUGGUUACACACGCACUGUCCUCAUGUACAUAAAGAAGAUAUAUUUUGUACGACCGGCACACAGGAAGUUUGUGUACGAUUCAAAGACUUUGUCCCGAUCCAGACGACAUACCAGAUUCUCUGUGUGUUUUUUAGUUUCUGAUUUUUAUCGACAAUGUUUCUGGUUCAGUAAGCUCACAUCGACGUAGAGAAGCGGCACCGAGCUCCAGCCUGGUCUUUCUUGGCAAACGAUUGCUUUGUACUCCAGAGAGGAGUGUUUGCAAGGUCAAAUAUAGGCUUAAAGGUAUCCAUGUGUACAUUUUUAAAAAGUGCUUUUUGUACAUAUUUUAAGUGUAACAACAACCAUAUUUAUAAUGAAAAGACCCAGCCUGCCAUGUCUGAUUGGAAUCUACCAAGUCCGCCUGGUUCACUUAACCUGGUUUCUCUCUUUUAGGUGAAUUUGAAUGUGGAUGUUUUGAGUGUUUGAACUCGCAGAGAAAUGAUCUUGUGGUCGACUAUUGAAGCCAAUAAACUCUUUGAUGUAAAAUGGACCAAAAACGCUGGACUUAAGGGAUGUGGGGGGUAAUCUUUUUAAAUCAAUGAAAUGAACUGUUUGUUCAUAUAUAAUGUAUUGUUCUGACACGAUAUUGGCACUCCAAAGCUGAGAGGGUUUGUUAAUCCCCGACGAUUUGGCUCCGUCAGUUUUCAUUGCUGCACCUCGAGAUCUUCCAGGUUUUUGCUUGUUCAGGCUCCGCUGGAGCUUUGUGCAUCCAAAUGAAAGCUUUUAUAUUUACCCACUUUCCCAAAAUGAGCUGUUAUAAUUAUUACUUCUAUAUUGUGUUUAUUGAUCACGUUGUACCAGGUUUUUUUUCUAUAUAAAUGGACAUGUAUGUGUUUUUACUGACUAGUUACCGCAUCAGGAAACCCGCUCUUGUUUUACUCUUUUCUGUAUAUGUGGCACAGUUCAGUGUAUUUUUUUUUAUUUUUUUUUUAAUCCUUUUUUGUUAGUGGAAAUCCUGCUAUCACUCCCAAGUCGGACUCCUCAGCUCCGUGCUUAAUCUCUUUUGUGUGGGGGUCAUGUGAGAAGCAGUUCAGGACACCUUAUUACGAAUCGCACCAGUAAAUUUCUGUCUCAGACACUCACCGUGUCACAUUUUCCCUGGUUGACGUCUGCAUAUGUACAGUGUAUAUCCCUCUCCACUGCUUGUAUAGAAUAGCAUCUAUUUUUUUACACUGGCUAGAUAUAUUAUUAAAGGAUUGUUGCUACUAAUUUGGGAUUAUGGGGGGAAUUUACCAGGAAAACCGUCUCAUUGUUGCACUUUUUUUUUUUUUUUGGUCUUCUGUUUUUCUCCCAUCAGUGUGGACGAACUGGUUGCUACUCACCAUUUCCUUGUCUCCAUUUCCCAGUAGCUGUGUUUCAGAGGCGAUUUGGGGAGCGGGUUCCAACAGAUUCGCGUUGAACAAAUGAGGCUGCAACAAAUGGAGGAAAAU